GACGUCAUGGUCGAGUCCAGAGUCAGCGUAUUAUCGAGACUACUUCAUGGCUGGGGGCUCUUGGACAGACGAUGGCACCGGGGCAGGAACGCAUGUUCUCCAAGGCCAGAUGUACGUCGAACGGCUCACACCUGUGGGGGGUGUGAACCAUUCAUACCCGCUGGUGUUCAUUCAUGGUGGUGGACAAUCCGGAACGAACUUCUUGAACACACCUGACGGACGGAAAGGGUGGGCAUCAUGGCUCAUUGAUCGAGGAUACGAGGUAUAUAUCGUCGACCAGGUCGCUCGCGCAAGAAGCAUGUGGCUACCAAAUAACGGAACUAUGGCGUUCCUGUCUGCAGAGUUUGUUGAGAAGAUGUUCACCGCCGCCCAAGACUUCAACCUGUGGCCCCAGGCAUCCCUGCACACUCAGUGGCCCGGGACAGGAAGAAUGGGCGAUCCGAUAUUCGACGCUUUCUAUGCGUCGUGCGUGCAAUACAUAAACAACAACACAUUUGAAGAGAUAGGCAUGCAAGCGGCCGGCACAGCGCUUCUCGACACCAUCGGACCCGCUAUCCUUGUAUCGCAUUCCCAAUCAGGCCUGUUCCCUUGGCUGCUGGCCGAUGCUCGCCCCGACCUCGUCAAGGGAAUCCUUUCUAUCGAGCCCACAGGUCCGCCCUUCCAUGACGAGAUUUUGGACAAUUCUACCGCUCGUCCAUACGGCUUGACCGACACUCCUCUCACUUACGAUCCUCCCGUCACCAACCUCACCAAUCCUCUAACCACUGAAGUGUACCCAUCCUCCAACCCUAACCGCUCGUCGUGCAUUCUUCAGGCAGAACCUGCUCGUCAACUCGUCAACUUACAACAUAUCCCAAUCUUAGUCGAGACGAGCGAGUCAAGCUUCCACGCGGUGUACGAUCAUUGUAACGUUGAUUUUCUGAGACAAGCAGGUGUUCCGGCGGAGCAUCUGAGGCUCGAGGAUGUUGGGUUUCAUGGGAACGGACAUAUGCACUUCAUGGAGAAGAACAGUUUGGAGAUCAUUGCGUAUUUGGAGGAGCAUUGGAUCGCGAAGAUAUGA